AUGGUUACUCAAUUGAACGAAGGUCAACGAGCCGCCUAUGAUCAAAUCAUGGCUGCCGUCAACGACAACAACAACUCAGUUCCCCAUCAGUAUUUUUUGGAUGGGCCUGGAGGUACUGGCAAGACCUUUUUGUACAACACUGUGAUCACCGUUCUGCAAGGCCAAGGGAAGACAGUCAUCGCCGUCGCUUCUACCGGCAUCGCUUCUACGUUGUUGAUUGACGGCACAACGUACCAUUCCCAAUUUAAGAUCUACCCUCCAAUUACCGAAGUUACCAGAUCGAAAAUUGUAGAUGGCAGCCCUCUCGCUAAUUUGAUUUCAAGUGCCAAUCUCAUCAUUUCCGGCGAAGCCACCAUGAAGACAAAUCACGCUCUCGACGCUUUUAAUUUCCUCUUUCAAAAAUUGGAAAAGAAAAAUUUACCUCAUGGUGGAAUAGUCCUUCUUCUUGGUGGUGACUUUCGUCAAUGUUUACCAGUCGUCCGACAUGGAAACAGGGGGAAGGUGGUGGAAGCUACAAUCCGAAAUAACGCAACGUGGCCUCUGUUUCGUCAUCUUCGUCUAACCCAGAAUAUGCGUACCGUGGCCGGCAAUCAAGACUACGCUGACUGGCUUAUUCAGCUUGUAAACGGUACUCUGCCAACGAUUAUAAGACUUAACAAUCCCGAUCUCAUCGAAAUUCCUGCCGAGUUUCUUGACCUUGGACGGAAUUUUAUUGAGCAUGUUUUUGGUGUUGCUGCUCUGCUUUUGGAUCCCGAGGUCUCUCAGCAGAUUUGCAGUCGAGCCAUUCUCUGUCCAAAGAACGUUGAUUGCUUACGGAUCAACAAUCAGAUCAUCAAAGACAUGCCUGGAAUAGUGCAUCAGUACAAAAGCAUCGAUAAGAUUGACUCGGACGAUCCCGAAGAAAUUGCCAAUUAUCCAACCAAGAUUCUCAACACCUUUAACGUGUCCGGAAUUCCCACUCAUGUGCUCAAGUUGAAAGUGGGAGCCAUCAUCAGAGCACUCAGAGAAAAUCUGAUCGUUGCAGAUAUAGCUGCCGGCAAUAACAAGGGUCACACGGUUUACAUCCCGCGAAUGACGCUGUCGCCCACCGAUUACGAUCUUCCUGUCAUCCUCAAGAGACUCCAAUUUCCUGUGCUGUUGGCAUUUGCCAUAACCAUCACCAAGUCACAGGGCCAGACUUUUGAUCGUGUCGGCAUUUUCCUCCAUGAGCCUGUCUUUUCUCACGGUCAUCUGUAUGUGGCUUUUUCACGUGCAACAUCGAAAGAAGGUGUGAAAGUCGAAAUAUCUGAAUCUGCAAAGCAAGGACGGCUUUUGAGAAAUCACCUGACAGCCACUGAAGAGGAAAAAGAAAAAGUAUGCACCGUCAAUAUUCUUUACAAAGAAGUCCUUUUGUAA